AUGAGCUGCGUCGUCUUCGGCUCCUUCGUCGUCUGGUACCUCGCGGCGUUCUCGAUCUCCUGCUUCAAGGCGCUGACCCUGGUCAUCAAUAAAGGGCUGAGGUUGCGGCUCUACGGAUUGACCCUCGUCGUGAUGAUCACCUUGCCUUUGCAGCUCGUCUGCCUCGAGUUCUCCGUCUUGUGGACCCCGCGGGACGAGCCGUACGCCGUGUUGUCGAUGUUCAUCUUCCUCGCGGCCUUCGUCAUGGCGGCGGCUGGGGAAGGGAUCCUAGUGAUUCGGCCGAUCGCCGAUUCGUUGGCUGCCGAUCAGGAGAUUCAAUUGGGUUCGGGUCGGGCGAUUCAGCGGGGUUCGAGCCAGGCCGCGGUGGUGGUGUUGCCGACGGUGACGACGGAGGAGGAGAAAGCCAUGGUGGUGGUUGGAACGGCGACGGAGGAAACGACGGCGGAUCGGAGUAGUCAUAGUGUACAGGUGUAA